CGUCAAUUUGUCAACUAUUUUUCGUAUUUUCAUGAUCACUAUAAGAAUUUUCCGAUGAUUUGUUUUACAAUAUUAAACUCAAUUAGUUGUUAAAAGCAUGUCCAGGAUCUCUGUUAUAAUUAAAUAGCUGCAGCGAGAAAGCGGGUCGCAAUGGACGAAACGAAGAUGUCGAAGGAGUCCACUGUAAUGAAAGUUGAAGAUGGGUGCGAAGGCGGCUCAGCUCCUGGGCAGGCGAAAAGGGAUCUCGAAGAGGAGUUUAACAUGCAGAGGGCUAAAAUGAAAGAGUUAUUCUUGCAGAAAGAAGAGGACCUGCGUCAGUUGGUGCUAGAGAAGCAACAGCUUGACUCUGAGGUGCUGGGCCUGAGGGCUGAGCUCCAGCAGUUGCAGAUAUUGAGUGAAAACCAGAAGUCGGAGAUUCAAAACUUGCAGCUACUUGUCAGUGAGACGGUGGAGGCGUCGUCUUCGGGCACGGAGGAGGUGCGGCGUCUGCAGGCGCGGAACAUUGAGCUGGAGCAGCAGCUCGCACAGCUGCGGCAGCAGCAGCAGGAGCUGUCGCUGGCGCCGGCCACCUUCGUGCGCUCGCUGGCGCGCAAGCUGACGGCCGACAGCGACGCCGACCAGGCCAGCUCCAAAAAGUGCGAAGACAACGAGCUGCUGCGCUCCAUCAUCCAGCCGCUGGAGAUGGAGAUCACGGCGCUCAAGAACAAGCUGCGGGAGAACGACGCGCAGCUGCAGGAGGCCCUGAAAGCCAAGGCGAGCGCGACCAACGCGAACAGCAGCGGCGGCGACGCGAAGGCCGAGUCCGGCGCGGCGUCGGCGGAGCGCGGCGGCUGCGACAUGUGCGCCAACUACGAGCGCCAGCUGGUCGCCGAGCAGGCGCGCGCCGACGCCGCCCGCGAGCGCGCGCACACGCACCGCCGCGCCCUCGCGCUCGCCACCGACGAGCUGGAGGGCGUGCGCUCCGUGCACGACGAGACCAUCCGCAGCUGGCAGGCCGAGCGCGCCGCCGGCGCCGCGCGCCUGGCCGAGCUGGCGGCCGCGCUGCGGGACGCGCGGGACGAGCUGGCCGCGCGCGCGCGGGACGCCGACGCCGCCUCGCAGCGCGCGCUGCAGCACGUCACCACGCUCACCGUGCAGCGCGAGACGCUGCAGCGCAAGCUGGACAGCCUCGAGCGGGACAACGCGAUGCUGAUCGGCCAGUACACCAAGAAGGCGGCGGAGAUGCAGAACGAGAUAAUCAACCUGCCGGACAAUGUCGCGGAGCUGCAGGAGCUGAGCCUGCAGCUGCGCGAGCAGCUCAUCGUGUGCGAGACGGGGCGCGAGCGCGCGGCGGAGGCCGAGCACGAGCUGCGCGCGCAGCUGCUGCAGCACGCCGCGCUGCUGCACCGCCGGGAGGACGAGCUCGCGCAGCGGGACGCGCAGCUGCGGCGCGCGCAAGAGGAGCUAGACCGGUUGCAGACUGAACGCGAGCAGAUGAAGGAGCUGGCGGACAAGCUGCGACACUCCAACGACAUGAUCGAGCAGUUACUGGAGGACAAGAAGCGACUGCAGACGGAAGUGAGCGAGGUGCGACAACGGGUCGGUGUGUUGCAGCAGGAGCUGGACAACAGCGAGAAGGUGCAGCAGGACUUCGUGCGGCUCUCGCAAUCGCUUCAGGUGCAGCUGCAGCGCAUCCGCGAGGAGGAUACGGAAGUACGGUGGCAGCACGACGAGGACGUGAACGAGUGUCCCGCCUGCCAUACCUCACUACCCACUGUCAAGAAGAAGGUGCAUUGCCGGCACUGCGGGCGCAUCUACUGCGGCGCGUGCGUGUCGCACAGCGUGCCCAGCGGGCCGCGCGGGCUGCCGGCGCGCGUGUGCUCCGUGUGCCUCACGCUGCUGCAGCCGCACGCCGCGCCCUACUUCAGCACGCGGCCCCCGCACUCCCCGGACUAGCGAGACCCCCUCCCCCACCGCACCACCGACCUCUCCGCCGCCAUUAGCAUUGCCACCGAUACGUCGAUCGUUGGUGCAAUUUGACCGGUGCCGAUUGAUAAAACAUCAUAAAGGGAGCUGUAUAAAAAAACCA